AAAAAAUGGAGCCUCUCCUCCCCCAAAACCCCCUCCUCCUCUCCAAACUCAGCAUCGUGCUCAACAUCCUCCCCUACUACUCCACCUUCAACAAAUGGAAGUCCCUCCUCACCCACCUCUGCACACACACCCGCAAGCUCUGGUCAUCGAACACCUCCGCCUUCAGAAUGUACGCUCUCAACUGCUUCAGCAAAAUCCUGACUUACUGCAGAGAGGAAUUUGACCAGGAAUUUUACGACUACUUGAAAGGGCAGGAACAGAGGUGAAGAGUCAGGAUUGAUCUGCGGUCAGCGGAUAGUUAUGAGUUGUUCCAGGAUUUACUCAUUGAGAUGGAGGAUAGAGAGGUGAGAGUGGAUUUGCAGUGUGUUAAUGUGUAUGUGGAGAGAGUGCAGCUAGGGAGGAUUAAAUGGGUGAUGAAGAGUUUGAAGAAGUUGGAUAUUGAUGUUGGGGUCGUUAAGCAAGCGAAUUUGUUGGAUUUUUAAGAGCGAGAGGGAGUUGGUAGAACAUUUUGGGACUAGUAUUGAUUAUAUUGGAAAUAUUUAUGUUCUGAAUGCUUUUAAAGUUAAAGAGUGUCAUACCUUGAUAGUUCCUUCUCUUAUUCAUUUUCAAAAAGUUGACCUGAUCCUUGAAAGGAUUCAUACACUUGAAAUUACUGAGACCCAAUUACAAGGGAUUAAGACUUCAAAAAUAGUCGGAUUUAUUGAAUCUUCGUUCCCAAAAUAAUGUCCGAACUACUGCUAAAGAGCUGAAAAUAAUGCUUCAGAAGGGAUUCAAGAGUUUUGACAUGUACCUGGCCAAACUUCAUCAAGCAUUUCCAAGUUUAUCCAUACUCUCAUUUCAUAAUAAAUCUCCAUCUGAAUAUAUUCUAUCCAAUCGGAUGAAGGAGUACACUGGGCUUUGGUAUAACUUAAGUUUUGGUGAUAAGAAGGAAACACAGAGUUAUUUUGUCCUCAAUGAUUGCCAAGUGCUGGUCAAAAGUGAAGAUAGUAAAGAUUUCCAAAAAGUUGAAUGUGAAAGACUUGAAAUUAGAGUGGUCGAAGGUAUCAGCUCUUUAUGUAGCUUUGAAAAUCUCCUGAUCAUAAAAUACUAUGAUUUUCUUGAAAUAACACACUGUCAGAUACAAACUCUUGAGGAAGAAGAGCAGGAUAUAAUCACUUCUUUAAUAGAAAGAGACAAGAUCCAAAUAUAUGGAACUCCUAUAAUCAUAAAUAUGAAGGAUAUCUCACUCUAUGGAGGCUCUAUUUCUAAUCUUAAUUAUUUGAAUCUAAACAAUACUGCAAUCUCUAAAUUGAAACUCAGUCUGAAACACCCUAUAGUUGGAGAUGAUUCGUUUGAAAUAAUCGAGUCUAUUCCUGACAAAAUAGAGAUGAUAGAUGAAAAUGCAGUGGGACCUAACAGACUUCAAAAUGACAUCAAAAUUGAUUUAGAAAUCAACUUAAAGAACCUGCAUAAAAAGCAUGAAGCAGUCCUAGUCGCCCUCUUGCAGAAGAACAUAGAUGUAAUAAGUAUGGAGUGUCAUAAGCUACAUCCAGUGGUAGGACCUCAGCUCUCAGGAUUAUUUGAGAACUUGCAUUCUCUCGAAGUUCUAACAAUCUGCCUUGAACAAUGUCCCAAAAUUACCUUUAUCUAUAUAACUAAGCACGGGAAGAGACUUGAUAUGAAGAUCUCUGUUGAAAGAAGUCUCGAAGGCAAAGUCACGCUUGAUAUGCAGGAUAUGAACGUAGAAGACUACCUCAGUUUUGACUAA